GAUUAUUUCAUCAGUCCGAAAAAUUCUCUCUCCUGGAAAAGUUCACAUCUGUUUUUAGUGUUGUGUGAUAACAGUUUAUAAUCUGUUAUUUUCCAUAAAAUUAUCUAAAAAUUGCAUAUUAAAUACGUGUGUAUUGUGUCUUAAUUGUAUAUGUAACAUUUAAUGUUUGAAAAAUAAAACAACGAAUAAGCUAAAUUUGUAUUUUGUGAGACAAUCGUAAUCGUAAGGUGGACAUUGGCACGGGUACGUACGAAGAGACUCGCAACGAGUAGAUAAAUAGCGAAAGCGUGUGCGAUUUUCGUAAAUAACAGAGAAGAAAACGAACUUGAUGUCCACCGUUUUUCCGGAGACCAAACUUGUGGGCGUAGAGUACAAAUUAGUUUGACGAAAAACGCAAGGAAUUACUGCAUCAGUAAAGAAACUUACUGUUAAAGAAUUAUAUUGGAAAUUAGCCGUGUUGUAAUAAUGUGCAAGUGCAGUAAUUUAACAGCAAAUUUCCACUUACGGUUUUGUGCCGAACGCGUAUUGUAAACCUUUGUCAACAAGCGAUUUUUCAUAGCAAGUGUAUACAAAAAUAGACAAAAUGAUUCGCCUGAAACAAUUUUAACUUAAUACAAAAUAAACCAUUAAAAUAUAUAUAAAUAACGCAACUUUACGUCACAACCACUGUUGCUGGGCUAAACGAACGCGUGUGCAUUUAUAUUUUAAAACAAAGUGUGUGGUUUCUUUUUGAAGUGUUUGCCAAAAUAUCGAAAAUAAAUUAGAAACAUUGUUGAAUUUUUCCGACAACCACCACUCUGAGUUUGCAUUCGAAAGCGUACACACGAAGCGCACGACGCAGCGAGCAGCAGCAGCACAACCACGGCGAAAUCCAAAAGCGCAUAAUAAAUAUUGGAAAUUUCCAACUAAUGAAGCUGAAGCUUGUGACAGCGGCCAACGACCAGUGAGCAACAACAAUUCGCAUUUUAUUGCAAUUCAACGAAAAAUCAUAACUGUGUAUGUGAGUGUGUGUUAGUGAAAUCUUAACUGUAUUUGCGUAGAAAUUUUCACGGUUUAAAGAAAAUAAAUAUUAUUUUCGAUAAUUUUACAUUUUAAGUUUUGACACUUCGAAAGUUGUUACAGUUAGAAAAAAUCAGCAACAAAAUGUCGCGUUUAAGUAAAUCGAAUUUGUCUAAAAAAGUGUCGCUUUUAAAGACUAAAAAGUUUAUGUGAUAUUCGUAUACGUUCGAAAGUCAUAUAAUAACAACAGCAACAAGCAGCAAAAUAAGCAAUUAUUUAGCGAAAAGGUCGUGCAGUCGAAACACUGCGUAUAUAGCGAGAAAUUUGUAGCAAAACGCUAAAGUCGACCCAACACUGUGUGGUAAUUUUUACAAAACGACUGGGCGCUUUAAGAAAAUUUUGCGAAUUUUAUAAAAAAAAAAAAUUUGAAAAUUCCAAAAAUUCUAAAAUCAAAGAAAAAAACAAUAAAAUUUCAUUUAAAAAGUUAUAAAUUUCAUAAAAGAAAAGUUUUGAAAAAUCCAAAAAAUCAAAACUCUUAAAAACAAUAAACUUUCAUAAAAACAUUGAAAUUUCACAAUUUAAUUUUAAAUUAAAAAGUGCGUUUUUCGAGCGAGUCUGCGUGAGUUUCGUUAAAAAGCUAACGAAAUCAGACCCAAAACAGAAAUUUUCAACUUCGAAUUUCUGUGUGGUAGAAGCUCUACUGAAAAUAAACCGUUAAAAUAGCUAGAUAAUUUUUUGAAAAAAAAAAAUUGUAUCAAAAAAUUCCCAAAAAAGCUCUUUUGCACCACUUUCAAGCACAAAAGUUUGGGAAAAACUUUAAAGAGUGCUUAAAAAAAGCGAACGGCCUUUAAAUUGCACCGUGCCCCCAACGACCCUAGAGUUACAGACCCCCAUACAUUCCAUAACAAGUCUAGCACAGAGUAAACACUGCGCGACAAGCAAGACCAGCAAACAUAGCUGACAGACCGCGGUACGUGGGCAAAAGAAGAAGAAGAGACAGCAACAGUAGCAGCAGCAGCAGAAGCAGCUCAAGUGCAAAUAUCAAGCGACGCGUUCCAUAACCAAAUAGACGCCUUAAAGUUGAAAGACACCAAUUGCCGUCACUGCCUAAUGGCAAGUUCGCUCAAUAAAACGAGACACAGGCGCAGAUUGACUGCGAUCUCGUUUCUAUCGAAUAUUUCAUUAGAUGGCACACAUCGGGAUACUAAAUUUGGAGCAACAAUUGGCAUUUGUGGCAACGCGGCUACAACGUACAACGCAACGGCAGCGGGAUUACAAAGUGGCGCAACGACUGGCGGCGGUAUCGGAUACGGCGGCAGCGGCGGCGGCGGCGGCAAACAGCAGCAUCAGCACCAACACUUCAACUACAAUCGCAAUAAUCGACAUCCACGGCAACAGCAGCAGCAUCAACAACAUUACCAUCAACAUCACUACUAUACGCAACAUCAUACGAAUGGCGCAGGUUGCAAUGUGGGUAACGGCAACGCCGGCGGCACUGGCAUGGCUUCGGCAGCCAUGUAUCUCGCCAAUUGCGAUGAUACGCACAUGGACCUCAUGGGCGGCGGCAGCGGUAGUUGUUGUGGUGCUGGUGGUGAAGGCGGCGGUGGCACUGGCAGCGAUGGCUGUGCCGAUAGUACCGGCAGCGCCGAUGGUGAUGGGCAUUUUAGUGAAAUUGAAAAUAUGGGUCAACACUUGAUAAAUGCACGGCCAGGCAACGCUUACAAGGGCGAUGGUGGCAAUACAAAAGCAGCAACAGCAACUGUCGCAGCCAGGUCGACAGUCAAGCAUAUGGAUGAAUCCGCUGGUGACUACGACAUCAUCAGCGGCAGCGAUGGUGGCGGCGGCAUCGGCGUUGGCGUUGGUGGUGGUGCAACUGUGACUGAGAAGCGCAAUGUUAAGCGACCAACAUCGAGUAGUCGGCAACAGUGCAAUCAUAAUUGCAGGCAAACUUCUAAGCAUGGCACAAUGGGUAUUGCCAGCAAGCAACAGUUGGCCGGCGGUAGCGGCGGUUCGGGCGCCGAGAGCGGCAGCGAUUCGGAUAGCGUCAAAAUACCAAUGAAAGUUUCCAGUUUGGGUGCUGGCAUACUAAUGCCGUUGCGUGAAAGAACUUUCAGCAAUGGCGCCAACGAUGCCAAUAUCAUGCCGGAGCGUCGCGCCCGCCUCAAUACGGCACCGGGUAUGCGUAUCGGCGUCGGCGGCAGUGCUGGUGGCAAGCGACCGUGCAACAUAAUACACGGUUCCACGCACAUAACCGACGAUAGCAGUACGGAGAGUUUGACGCCCGGCAGUUUUCCGGGCAGCUUUACUGGACGCGGCAGCAUCAGCAAGAGUGUGCAGAUCAACGAUGCUAAGGACUUACGCAUCCUCAAUGCACAAGCGCACAAACAGCAUCAGUACAAGGAUGAGCGUGUGGUGUUGACGUCACGUAAGGUGCCAUUUUUUAUAUUCUCGGCAUUGCCAUACUACAAGGGUAAAAAUGGCAGAGCCGAACUACGCAAGGAGGGUCGUCGACGCAAUCCAUCCGGUUCGCGUCCCCUAUCCGCAAUCAACGAUGCACCCUUCGAUCCAUUCGAUUUGCUGGGCAUCGAAAAGGGUGAAAGUGGGCAGGAAAUCUCCUAUGGACAUCUACUCAUACCCACACGCCAUUAUGGCAAAGAGAGCAAGAGCAAGCAUGGCGGUGGCACUUCAGGCAACACAUCGCUAUUGGAUAGCCAAAUCGAAAUUACGAGUACAGCAGCACUUAAAAAUCACGGCAUCGCCAGGACAAAAGUUAUAACCUGGCAAAAGGGAAAAUGGUGUUUUACUUAUGACAACAACAAUCGCAAUAGUACCGCAAGUCCGACACCGGACCUCAAAUUAGAUUUGGAUGAUAGUUUAUUGUUGAAUACGGACGGCACACGCGGCAUGCAGUUCCAAUAUUCCGCAAAUAUUUUGGAUGAUCCCGAAUUGAUUGCGGGCAAGCAUCGCACUUUGCUCACAUUCACGUCAUACAUGACUUCGGUGAUCGAUUAUGUGCGUCCAUCGGACUUGAAGAAGGAGCUGAAUGAUAAAUUCCGUGAGAAGUUUCCACACAUACAAUUAACGCUGAGCAAAUUACGAAGCAUCAAGCGUGAAAUGCGUCGCAUCAACAAGUUGGACAGUCGCAUUGAUUUGGUCACCAUAUCGCAAGCAUAUGUCUACUUUGAGAAAUUGAUCUUGGCCAAUCUGAUUAACAAGAGUAAUCGUAAGCUAUGCGCGGGCUCUUGUCUGCUGCUAAGCGCCAAAAUGAACGAUGUCAAAGGUGAAUCGCUGAAGAGCUUAAUUGAGAAAACCGAGAGCGUUUUUCGUGUCAAUCGCAAGGAGCUAAUAGCUUCGGAAUUCGCCGUGCUCGUGGCGUUGGAGUUCAGCUUGCACGUGCCCAUGCAUGAGGUAUUGCCGCACUAUCAGCGUUUGCUCUACGAAUCCUAGAAUUGGCCAAAACGCUUUGCCGAAAAGCGCUUAGUAGCGGUGACAUCGCGUUAUUACUUUCGGCAUCGCAAUAGCAGCAAGAAAUGAAGGCGCUAUCGGCGCGAAAUGUAUGUGGUAAUGUAAAAUGGAAAUUUAUGCGCGGAAUGGUGUUUUAGUGGAAGCGUUGGCAUGCUUGCAUAGAACUUUAAGAAGUUGAACGAAUUGAUAUUCAAUUUGUUUGUGAGUCAGCUAGCGAAAUAUGUCAGCUGCAUGCAUUUUAUGUAUGAAGAAGUGUUUGAAAUAUGGAAAUUUCGUAUAUAAGAGCAAGCAAAAACUAUAACAAAAUCAAAUUUGUGGAAAAAACUUUAGGAGUGAAAAAAUAUGACCACACAAUGAUUUUUAUCAAACGAAAAUUUGUACUUAAACGCUAAGAGAGCAAACAAAAAACAUUUUUUAUAGCAAAUAAGUUAGUGAAAUAAGCAUUUUGAUUAAAAUUUUUAACACUUUGUAAGAGCGCAAGAGAAAUUUAAAGUUUGCUGUAGAGAAAAACGAAGGUUAUAUACAAAUAUUUUGUUUAAUAAGUAAUUUUUGACUUUAUUAUGACUAUUUUUAAAACUUUUUUUUUUAAUUUUUAUGCCGAUUUGAUUAAAAUUAUUUUUUUGUGUAGCUUUUUUUUUAGAUGUUUUAAACGUGUACGGCGUUAAUUUAAGCUUAAUUUUUUUUAUGCGUAAACUGUGGUCGAUUUUUCUUUAAUAUAUAUAGUAAUGUAAUAU